ACAAAUUGUCUCGCCAAAAAUGACGAUAUAGCAACAACAGGCUAUACGCUGGGAAGCAAAUGACAUACAUCUUUAUUUCCUAUCCGUGAGAGACAACUGUCAUCAUAUCAACACUGGGUAAAAUCUAACCGUCCAAAUGUUGCAUUAGCUUUAGUUGUCAUUUAAGUAAGUUGACUUGUUAAGGCAUUUGAACUCGUGCCGUCAAGAGUUAGACAAGACGUCUGGUCUAGACAGUGACGUUUCGGCUGGUGUGCAACUUGUAACAAGGAGAUAGUUCGUAGAAUAACACGAAGCCCAAGUGGCCCCUCUGGUCCUCCAGCAGGGGUGUCAUUUGUUUAGGGCAGUGUGGGGAAUUUGAGCCACACCCCCCUCCAAAUUAGCAGGUUUUAUUUAAAUUGUUUAAAUUUUAUGUACUGGGGCGCCUCCAGUAAUAAACAACUUAACACUCCGACCAAGUUUUGAUUAGGCUUGGCUACUAUUAAAGGCAAAAAAAAAAAAGUGAUCACGUCACUCCACUACUCCACUCACUUCAUUGGCUCCCUAUACAGGCACGCAUUGACUACAAGCUGUCUGUUCUCUGUCACAACUUUUUUCUCGGAUUCCUGCCCUUCCUAUCUAACCGAACUUCUUUCUGUCUAUUAACCCCUUCGACAGCUUCGCUCCUCUGCAGACACGCGAAUUCUGUCCGUUCCCAAGACACGCUCUAAAACAUACGAUCGCUGGCUGCCGUCAAUGGUUUGCCGCCUUGUAAAAGCUCUGGGGGUGGGUGGUUGAAUACACAUUUGUAUUUGUUUUUUGGUUACACGCUGUUCUUUAUUUCAUGUCUGUAUUUUAUUUUAAUGUCACGAUCAUGUCUCUUUUGAUAAUAUUUUUAUGUACAGCGCGUUGAGCUCAGCGCUAGGCUGGGGUACUGCGCUAUAUAAAACCACUAAUUAUCAUUAUUAUUAUUAUUAUUUUGUCCCCCCCCCACCCAUUGAAAACAAAUCUGAAAUACCGCCCCUGUCCUCCAGCGUCUCCACCCUUGCACACCUGCCCUUUCGUGAUACAUGUCAAUGAUCAAUUACUUGAUUGAGGUGGCGUUUUGUCAAAAGAAAUUUUUUAAGAUAUCGCUUUUAAAUUAGAAUAUAUUAAUGUGUUGCCCAAUCGGGUUAGGGGCAUUCAACAGAGAUGGAGUCAGGGGCAUUCAACAGAGAUGGAGUCAGGGGCGUUCAACAGAGAUGGAGUCAGGGGCAUUCAACAGAGAUGGAGUCAGGGGCGUUCAACAGAGAUGGAGUCAGGGGCAUUCAACAGAGAUGGAGUCAGGGGCAUUCAACAGAGAUGGAGUCAGGGGCAUUCAACAGAGAUGGAGUCAUGUGACAAGAGUCAUGCACAUGAGACAAGAGUCAAAUAAUUGUGGAUUAAACAUAGCCUGUGAUUGCUGGUUAAACCUGUCCUGUCAUAGUGGGUUAGACCUAUCUUGUCAUUGUGGGUUAAACCUAGCCUGUCGUUGUGGGUUAAACCUUUCCUGUCAUUGUUGGUUAAAUCUAGAAUUUCGUUGUUGGCUCAACUUUGCCUGAUAUUGUUGGUUAAACUCACCCUGUUAGACCCAGCCUGUCCUAGGUGGUUAAACCCAGCAUAUCACUCUACAUACUACUGACAUGUAAAGUACUAUUCUCCUGACCUAUAAAGUCAGUUGAACUCUCCAUGGGUCAGACCAUACGGCUCAGAGCAACGGGUUAACUUUGCUCUUGAGAGCCGUGCCAAAGACAUGACCCAUGGGAUUCUUCCGGAAGUGUGGCCGACAAGUUCUGUGUUGACGCUUCAUGUCUAUGUGUAGAGCGCUAAUACUGGAAGUAUGAAUUGUCAAUAACUGUCAACGCUUUCAUUAACGCGCAAAGAUUAAACAACCCCUCAAAACAAAACUUUUCUUAUCAAGUCUAUAUAAAAUUUAAUAAUCGAGCAAUUGGGUUGGGGGGGGGGGCCGCUAAAAAAUUUGGCAAAUCAUACAUAAGAGUAUUUCACUUAAAAAUAAUCCCAAUUAGUGCCCCCCCCCCACACACACACACAUACACACUUCUCUAGUCUCACAAGCCAGACAGCCACGAACCGAAGCGAAGUUAACAUAAAGGAUUUUAAACGUAUGAUGGUCGUCUACGGCAAUGACCAAAUUUGUAUUGCUGCAAUGAAUUAGUUUGAUUUGAUUGCUGCAAUGAAUUAGUUUGAUUUGUAUUGCUGCAAUGAAUUAGUUUGAUUUUAUUGCUGCAAUGAAUUAGUUUGAUUUUAUUGCUGCAAUGAAUUAGUUUGAUUUUAUUGCUGCAAUGAAUUAGUUUGAUUUUAUUGCUGCAAUGAAUUAGUUUGAUUUUAUUGCUGCAAUGAAUUAGUUUGAUUUUAUUGCUGCAAUGAAUUAGUUUGAUUUUAUUGCUGCAAUGAAUUAGUUUGAUUUUAUUGCUGCAAUGAAUUAGUUUGAUUUUAUUGCUGCAAUGAAUUAGUUUGAUUUUAUUGCUGCAAUGAAUUAGUUUGAUUUUAUUGCUGCAAUGAAUUAGUUUGAUUUUAUUGCAAUCGUUUUUAAUAUGUAUUUUCCAAGCGCCCAACCCCCACCCCCCCACCCACCGCCCCCAAUUUAAGUGUCCAUUAGGAUUGUCCACUGUUUCUUGGCAAGCACUGGGCUGGUAGGGUCUACUAGGAUUUUCCAUUGUUUUGGCAUGAACUGGCCUGGUAUGAUCUAUUAAGAUUUCCACUGUUUCUUGGCAAGCACUGGCCUGGUAGGGUCCAUUCGGAUUGUCCACUGUUUCUUGGCAAGCACUGGCCUGGUAGGGUCUACUAGGAUUUUCCAUUGUUUUGGCAUGAACUGGCCUGGUAUGAUCUAUUAAGAUUUCCACUGUUUCUUGGCAAGCACUGGCCUGGUAUGAUCUAUUAAGAUUUCCACUGUUUCUUGGCAAGCACUGGUCUGGUAGGGUCCAUUAGGAUUGUCCACUGUUUCUUGGCAAGCACUGGCCUGGUCGGGUCCAUUAGGAUUGUGCACUGUUUCUUGGCAAGCACUGGCCUGGUAGGGUCCAUUAUGAUUGUCCACUGUUCUUGACAAACACGAGUAGUUAAAAUUUUGAACAAAACAUAUUGUAAUAACUUUAUCUUCGGUGUAGAUUGAACUUAUCGCCGUGUCUGACCAAGUGGAGUUUGAUAGUUUCUGGCAAAGAGGAUCGUGAUCGUAUCUAUCAAAGUGGAUUGUGAAAUUAUAUGUAAAAGAAGAUUGUGAAAUGACAGAAAUAAAUGAGUCAGAGGCCUAUGGGGACAGAUUCUGCCAGUUCACUGGGAUGACGGACAAGUAAGUCAUGGUCAAAUGCUAAAAGUAAGUCAUCGUAAGAUGGUUAAGUGGGUCAUGGUCAGCUGAUAAUAGUAAGUCAGGGUCAGAUGGUAAAAGUGUGUCAUGGUCAGAUGGUACUAGUAGGUCACUGUCCAUUGACAAAAGUGUGUGAUGGUCAGAUGGUAAUAAUAUGUCACGGUCAGAUGGUAAAAGUAUGUCCCGGUCAAUGGUAAAAGUAUCUCCCGAUCAGAUGGUAAAAGUAUGGCAGGGUCAGAUGGUAAAAGUAUGUCAGGUUCAGAUGGUAAAAGUAUGUCAUGGUUAGAAGGUAACAGUAUGUCACGGUUAGAUGGUAAAAGUAUGUCACGGUCGGAUGGUAAAAGUAUGACACGGUCGGAUGGUAAAUGUAUGUCAUGGUUGAUGGUACAAGUAUGUCAUGGUCAGGUGGUACAAGUACGCCUUGAGUAUGUUCUGUCUGGGCGGUCAAUGAUAGCAUUGACUUAUUGCGAUAGAACUGGUCAUUAGAACAUGGGUUUAAGAUGACAACCAUUAGAACAUGGGUUUAAAGUGACAACCAUUAGAACAUGGGUUUAAGAUGACAACCAUUAGAACAUGGGUUUAAGAUGACAACCAUUAGAACAUGGGUUUAAGAUGACAUCUAUUAGAACAUGGGUUUAAGAUGACAACCAUUAGAACAUGGGUUUAAGAUGACAUCCAUUAGAACAUGGGUUUAAGAUGACAACCAUUAGAACAUGGGUUUAAGAUGACAACCAUUCGAACAUGGGUUUAAGAUGACAACCAUUCGAACAUGGGUUUAAGAUGACAACCAUUAGAACAUGGGUUUAAGAUGACAUCCAAUAGAACAUGGGUUUAAGAUGACAUCCAUUAGAACAUUGGUUUAAGAUGACAACCAUUAGAACAUGGGUUUAAUAUGACAACCAUUAGAACAUGGGUUUAAGAUGACAACCAUUAGAACAUGGGUUUAAGAGGACAUCCAUGAGAACAUGGGUUUAUUAUGAUUAAAUUAACUGAAAUAAAAAUGGAUUUAUGCGAUAUAAAAGUUUGAUAUUCAUGUACAAUUUGACUCUCUCUCUCUCUCUCCCUCUUUUUCUCUCUCUCUCCCUCUGUCUCUCUGUCUCUCUCUCUCUCUCUCUCCCUCUCUCUCUCUCUCUCUGCUAAUCGUAAUAACGUUUACGGCUUGAAUCAAAUAUUCUUAAUGUUAUUUUAGACAAAAGUCUGACCUCCAGAAAUCUUGGAAGAGUAUAGUUGGGACGACGCUAAGAGAAAAAGAUUCGAAAAUGGAGGAAUUCGGCAAAAACUUUUUACUGUGGUAAGAGUGGCGAGUUGUCAGAUAAGUCUUUUGGAUAGACCAGUGGUCUGCAAAUCGCGACGUGAGAGCCGCAUGCGGCUCUUUAGCGCCAUGAGUGCGGCUCGGCCAGUCAGCCACAAAUCGGUUUUGACUCCGAAAAACAUGGUUCUUGGCAGGCUCUUGAAAAGAAAUUUGGCUCUCAAACAAAAUCUAAUCGCUUUGCUGAUGAUUUUUGGGCUCUUUUGACUAAUGAGUUUGCCGACCACUGGCCUACUUUUGACUCAUGAGUUUGCCGACCACUGGCCUACUUUUGACUAAUGAGUUUUCCGACCACUGGCCUACUUUUGACUAAUGAGUUUUCCGACCACUGGCCUACUUUUGACUAAUGAGUUUGCCGACCACUGGCCUACUUUUGACUCAUGAGUUUUCCGACCACUGGAGACCACUGGCCUACUUUUGACUAAUGAGUUUGCCGACCACUGGCCUACUUUUGACUAAUGAGUUUGCCGACCACUGGCCUACUUUUGACUAAUGAGUUUGCCGACCACUGGCCUACUUUUGACUAAUUAGUUUGCCGACCACUGGCCUACUUUUGACUCAUGAGUUUUCCGACCACUGGGAUGUAUCAUUAUUUUGAUUAGCCUAUUUUAAAUUUGACAGUUAAGAUCUUAACAUUAUUUUUGGUAAGCAAACUGCUGCCGAUUAUUGGAUUCCCUUCCCGGCAGGAAUGAUGAGCAUCUUAACUACAUAUACACGCAAGGCUGUCCACAUAGUUUCUUAUUGGUCCACCAGAAAUAAGACGAAAUCGACCGUAAAUGUAAAUUCAAAUACUUACGCAUCAUUUAUAAAAUUAACCAAUUCAACAGAAGAUUAGGCAAAUGAUCAAAUUAUGACCCAAAUUACCAAAUAACUAACUAAACAGUUCAAAGUUCAAAUCUACCCAAGUAGCCCCAAAAAAAAAAUUAAAAAAAAACAUACCCAAACAGUUAAAAGGCCUAUCCAAAAACAAACAAAACAAUUCAAGUGCUUGUCUAUUUAAACUUUUUAAAAAUGUAUGUACUUGAAAUUAAACGUUAAACUAAAGAUAUCUUUAACUCACUCUUCGAAUGUAUUCUAUUCAAUAUUUGCUAUCCGACAUCUGGAAUAGGAGUAAGAGUGCAUUCUGGUGACUUAUUAUUCUAAACUGAUAUAACUCAAAUAUUAACUGCGUAGCAUUUCGGUUACCGGAAAUUUGAUCGAAAGAAAUUUGGUCGACGGAAAAUUGAUCGACGGAAAUUUGAUCGAAUGGCUAUUUUUUCAAGUCUUUUUUUCAGUUCACAUGUUAAAAUUUUCGUCAAAUUUCUUUUUAAACACACUAAACUACAUACUAAAAAAAUAGUGAUUUUAAAAAGAAAUUUGACGCUAAAUUUUAACGUGUGAACUGAAGGAAAAAAAGAUUCGACCAAAUUUCCGUCGAUCAAUUUUCCGUCGACGAAAUUUCUUUUGAUCAAAUUUCCGGAUACGUAACAUUUCAGGUUGUUGGAAGCCGUUCCCGGCGCGAAGAAGCAAUUCAAAAUCUUCAAGGGGACGGCCCCAUCCUCAGACCUACUGACAGACAAAGAGUUCGUCAACCACGCACGCAUCGUCGGCAAGUGGUUCGACUCGAUGAUCAGCGUGGUCUUCAAGCCCGUGGAGCUGGAGAUGGAGACACACCAUCUGGCCAUCACGCAUCUGUUUCUUCAACCUAAGAUCGGGAUGACCUACUUCCGAGUAAGUUAAUAUCUCACACUGGUGUGACCUAUUUCCGAGUAGAUCAUUACCUCAGAUGGGUGUGACUUUUUCCGUGUACGUUAUUUACUCAUAUUUGUGUGACCUACUUCCGUGUAAGUUAUUUACUCAUAUUUAUGUGACCUACUUCCGUGUAAGUUAUUUACUCAUAUUUGUGUGACCUACUUCCGUGUAAGUUAUUUACUCAUAUUUGUGUGAACUACUUCCGUGUAAGUUAUUUACUCAUAUUUAUGUGACCUACUUCCGUGUAAGUUAUUUACUCAUAUGUGUGUGAACUACUUCCGUGUAAGUUAUUUACUCAUAAUUAUGUGACCUACUUCCGUGUAAGUUAUUUACUCAUAUUUGUGUGACCUACUUCCGUGUAAGUUAUUUACUCAUAUUUAUGUGACCUACUUCCGUGUAAGUUAUUUACUCAUAUUUGUGUGACCUACUUCCGUGUAAGUUAUUUACUCAUAUUUGUGUGAACUACUUCCGUGUAAGUUAUUUACUCAUAUUUGUGUGACCUACUUCCGUGUAAGUUAUUAACUCAUAUUUGUGUGAACUACUUCCGUGUAAGUUAUUUACUCAUAUUUAUGUGACCUACUUCCGUGUAAGUUAUUUACUCAUAUUUGUGUGACCAACUUCCGUGUAAGUUAUUUACUCAUAUUUGUGUGACCUACUUCCGUGUAAGUUAUUUACUCAUAUUUGUGUGACCUACUUCCGUGUAAGUUAUUUACUCAUAUUUGUGUGACCUACUUCCGUGUAAUUUAUUUACUCAUAUUUAUGUGACCUACUUCCGUGUAAGUUAUUUACUCAUAUUUGUGUGACCUACUUCCGUGUAAGUUAUUUACUCAUAUUUGUGUGAACUACUUCCGUGUAAGUUAUUUACUCAUAUUUAUGUGACCUACUUCCGUGUAAGUUAUUUACUCAUAUGUGUGUGAACUACUUCCGUGUAAGUUAUUUACUCAUAAUUAUGUGACCUACUUCCGUGUAAGUUAUUUACUCAUAUUUGUGUGACCUACUUCCGUGUAAGUUAUUUACUCAUAUUUGUGUGACCUACUUCCGUGUAAGUUAUUUACUCAUAUUUGUGUGAACUACUUCCGUGUAAGUUAUUUACUCAUAUUUGUGUGACCUACUUCCGUGUAAGUUAUUAACUCAUAUUUGUGUGAACUACUUCCGUGUAAGUUAUUUACUCAUAUUUAUGUGACCUACUUCCGUGUAAGUUAUUUACUCAUAUUUGUGUGACCUACUUCCGUGUAAGUUAUUUACUCAUAUUAGUGUGACCUACUUCCAUGCAAGUUAUUUACUCAUAUUUGUGUGACCUACUUAAGUGUAAGAUAUAACCUAAUAUCGUGAGACCAGAGCCGCCCCUACGGUUGCUGUCGCCCCGGGCAAGCUUAACCUUGGCGCCCCUUUUAAGUACAAUCAUACAAAAAAAUUAAGGGAAAAAAAAUAAGUUUUAGGCAAUGAGUGUAUUGCCUAGUUAUUUUUUUUUUUUAAAAACAAUGAACAGUAAAAAAAAAUUUCUUAGCUUGUAUUUGGACAGUGUGAACAAUUAGCCUACCAUAGACAUUAUGAACAAUUAGCCUACCAUAGACAGUAUGAACAAUUAGCCUACCAUAGACAGUAUGAGCAAUUAGCCUACCAUAGACAGUAUGAACAAUUAGCCUACCAUAGACAUUAAGAACAAUUAGCCUACCAUAGACAGUAUGAACAAUUAGCCUACCGCGUGCAUUAUGAGUAAUUUGCCUCCCGUGGGCCGUAUGACCAAUGAGCCUACCGUAGGCAGUAUGAACAACUGCCCUAGUUGCCAGUACCUUGAGCCGGCCCUGGGUGAGACCUACGAUUUAACAGUUUUACUUGCAUUAAGUCUUUGUGAUCCCGCACAAUGAUAAUCUAUUACGAUCUUACGAUAAAUACUAUUUUAACAUUAAGGUUUUUAUUUUUUUUAAAGACUGCAUUCUCUAUCGACUUAAAAUUUAAGAUAGAGGUUUAAUAGCCCCAGAUUUAAUUAACCGCUCACUUCCGACCAGACUAACACUAUACAUUUAAAAACACAGAGAUCAUUUGAAUAAAGGAGCUAUCGUCGUUCAUAUUUUUUUUCCAGCCCUUCCAAGAAAAAUUCCCUUCAUUCAUGGCCACGCAGUUGGGAAAGCCCGAAACCGACGAAGAGGUGAAAAUCUGGGAGUUAUUUUCCAAUGUGUUGACAACAAAAGUCAAGAAGUCUGAAAAGCUUCUCAAAAAGCCAAAAGCAUGCGUGCUAGCGUAAGAACUUUGGCGUGCUAGCGUGAGAACUUUGGUGUGCUAGCGUAAGAACUUUGGCGUGCUAGCGGGAGAACUUUGGCGUGCUAGCGGGAGAACUUUGGCGUGCUAGCGUGAUAACUUUGGUGUGCUAGCGUGAGAACUUUGGUGUGCUAGCGUAAGAACUUUGGCAUACUAGCGUGAGAACUUUGGUGUGCUAGCGUAAGAACUUUGGCAUACUAGCGUGAGAACUUUGGUGUGCUAGCGUAAGAACUUUGGCAUACUAGCGUGAGAACUUUGGUGUGCUAGCGUGAGAACUUUGGUGUGCUAGCGUAAGAACUUUGGCCUGCUAGCGUGAGAACUUUGGUGUGCUAGCGUAAGAACUUUGGUCUGCUAGCGUGAGAACUUUGGCGUGCUAGCGUGAGAACUUUGGCGUGCUAGCGUGAGAACAUUGGCGUGCUAGCGUGAGAACUUUUGGCGAUUAGCGAGUUGCUAGUUUUAUUUAAAUGUUGUUCACACUUGCUACAAAUAAACACAGAAUGCGCAAACAAGCCGAAUGCUCAAAAUGUAUACAUCUGCG